UUCUUUGUAUCAUGAUUUGUACCUAUUUUCUGGAGUAGGCACAUUAUAUUCUUGUUUGAGACACAGAUUAUACGAACUACAGAAGACUUUUAAACUAGUAAAUAUAAAGUUUCAUUAUCUAAUUAUAUUUAAGUACCUAUCAGUAAUUUCUAAGAUCAUUUUACGCCACACAGAGGUAUUUGGUUGUUAUUAUAUUGAUCCAUAAUAAUUACCAAAUUAUUACUACAACAAUGCAGCAAUAUUUAAGCCCUACAGCAAAGUUGAUAAGGAGUAGACAGUUAAAUCCGUGUGAUGUGCUAUUUUGGAAAAGUAGAGGCUAUCCAGAUAGACCAAUUGACUGGAAAGUAGAACUAUUUAGAAUUGGAUAUUAUAGCAAUGAUGAAACAGGUUUAGAGUAUGAAGAAGCUUCAGAGUACGAAGAAGGGUAUGAGUACGAAGAAGAGUAUGAGUAUGAAGAAGAGUAUGAGUACGAAGAAGAGUAUGAGUACGAAGAAGAGUAUGAGUACGAAGAAGAGUAUGAGAAUGAAGAAGAGUAUGAGUACGAAGAAGAUUAUGAAGAUUCCGAGUACGAAGAAGAUUCAGACUACGAAGAACAUAGAUAUAAUAGUAAUAUACAUAAUCCUAACAAUGACGCUUUUUGGCAAGAUAUGGGAUACAAUGGUCGACCUGAAAACUGGAGAGAAUUGCGUCAACAAUAUGGUUUUUAAUAUUAUAUGUAUAUGCUAGACAUGAUGCAUAACUCUUUUUUAGCUUUGUAAUGAAAAUAAGAAUGUGUGUAGGUGUUUUUGUUUUGAGAAAACGAAUAAGGGGGGGGGGGUAGUUUUUAAUACAAUAAUUAUGUUGCGUUACUUUUUAUAAACCAGUAACAUUAUAAUAUCAAAUAAUAUAACACUUUAAAAUUA